CCCCCCAACACUCUGGUAACACUGUUGUUUUUGAUAUUGAAUGUAUGCGCGGCGCCGGUCGAGUCAGCCCUUGUUUUUAUAUUUUGUCUUUUGCUUUUAUUUUUCUUCUGGAGAUGAAAAGCUCCUCUUGAGAACGUUGGGAUAUGAAUAUUGAUGUGUAUAUUGGCAUGGUUUACGACCCCCCCCCCCCCCCAACGCCGUUCUUUAACCCCCGAGCUGAGAGCCGCUGGUGAGUUCUGACUGACGGGGAGAAAACGAAUAUAAGAAGAAGAAACAACAACCUCCUCGUCUUGUUUUGAUCCUAAAAAGAGCGUUUCAGUUCCUGUUUAGUGUUUAAAAUCGUUGUUAACGUGUUUUUUUUUAGUUUCGUGUUCCCGACGAUCGUCAAAGAGUUUAAAUGCGCCGCGUUUCGUUUCCUGCGUUUUGAGUACAAUCGAAUGAUCCAAUCGAGCUUCAGAAAGAGAAGAGAGAAUAAUUACAGCGGCUGUAAAUCCAAUUUAUAUCUCUGGUUAUCAAUCCCCCUGUUUAUGCCUUCCUUAAAAGGAAAGUCGUGUGUUUGUGUGUGUGUGUGUGUGCGUGUGUGUGUGCGUGUGUGUUGCAGUAGCAACAGAGAGAGGGAGGCCAGACGGUGUGUUUUCACACACGCUUGGUCGAUUCAUUCACCCAUCUCAGCGGUGAGCACACACACACACACACGCGCACACACACACGCACACACACACACACACACACAGCGCGCGCUAAUGCGCAUUUGGGCGCUGUCAUCCGCAUCAGCUCCAGAACACCAGAGCAGCUCGGGAAUUAAAGGGGAAUUACACCAAAGCCGAGAGGCCGUCGCUCGCCGCAUGUAAAUGAAGCUAAUGAGUCCAGGAGCUCCAGGUGAACCUGCUCACCUGAAUCCAGGAGCUCCAGGUGAACCUGCUCACCUGAAUCCAGGAGCUCCAGGUGAACCUGCUCACCUGAAUCCAGGAGCUCCAGGUGAACCUGCUCACCUGAGUCCAGGAGCUCCAGGUGAACCUGCUCACCUGAAUCCAGGAGCUCCAGGUGAACCUGCUCACCUGAAUCCAGGAGCUCCAGGUGAACCUGCUCACCUGAAUCCAGGAGCUCCAGGUGAACCUGCUCACCUGAAUCCAGGAGCUCCAGGUGAACCUGCUCACCUGAGUCCAGGAGCUCCAGGUGAACCUGCUCACCUGAAUCCAGGAGCUCCAGGUGAACCUGCUCACCUGAAUCCAGGAGCUCCAGGUGAACCUGCUCACCUGAAUCCAGGAGCUCCAGGUGAACCUGCUCACCUGAGUCCAGGAGCUCCAGGUGAACCUGCUCACCUGAAUCCAGGAGCUCCAGGUGAACCUGCUCACCUGAAUCCAGGAGCUCCAGGUGAACCUGCUCACCUGAAUCCAGGAGCUCCAGGUGAACCUGCUCACCUGAAUCCAGGAGCUCCAGGUGAACCUGCUCACCUGAGUCCAGGAGCUCCAGGUGAACCUGCUCACCUGAAUCCAGGAGCUCCAGGUGAACCUGCUCACCUGAGUCCAGGUGAACCUUCCUCAUACAUAUUCACCCGCUCAUCAUUCCACCAUAAAGCACUCUUUUGAUGAUCAAUCCCAGACAAUCAAUACGAAGACAGUCAGAGCUGCAGCGCUCAUCCGUUGUAUUAAAUUAACCGUUUGAUGAUCGAUUAAAGUCAU